AUGGCAGGCGCAAUCUUCAACCACGAGGAGCACGAAAGCCCCGCUCAUGCUUCCCCUCAACCUAAUGGCCACCACACUCCUGUCGCUAUGGAGAUUUUCCCCAUCACCAGAAUCCCCGCUUUAGAUACGAUCGAUCCCUACGCCGUCGCGAGACCUGCAUGUGAUGCGGUUGCGGAGAGUCCUCGGAUAGAGCUUUCCUGCAGUCGCGCAGCGACGGAGCUCAUCGACGACCUCGUCCAAGGCUACGCGCGCUUUAUUUCGAACUUCACUGGUCUGGAGGACGUCGCUUUUGGCAUCUUGCGCCGCGCGACAUGGCAGUCCACGUCGAAUCCUGCCACCGCGGUCAUUUCGGCUUCGGUGUUCUGGUCCGAGGAGCUGCAGGCAGGGGAGCCGAAUAACUGCAAAGUGCGCGAAAUCAACCAGCAAGAUUAUAACAAGGACGAGAUACAGUUCUCACUGGAACUCGGAUUGGAUGCCGAUCCUGAAAAUGGCGAGCAUCAAAUCUGUGCCAGUGGACGCGGAAAUGUCUUCACGCUUCACGCCGAUACCGUUGCGAACAACAACGCCCUCCAAGUCAGCUUCUCCUACCCAAAGCCACUGAUCCCCGACCCGGCUGUGAAUCAGCUCCUGAACACACUGGCGACUCAUCUGGCCAAUUCCUCCCCCUCUCUCAAUCUUGUCGCAUCCACGCCCGACCUUUCGAUUCUUAAUUUCCCACCACUGAUGAUACCCCCCACGAGAAAAAUAACGGAAGAUGUGGAACCACCGAGCUCGCGACAGCCGUCCCUCCUUCACGCCGCUUUUGAGGGCUGGGCCCGCAGAAAGCCUAAUGCGAUCGCACUCGACUUUGUACAUUCUUUACCCUCUGCCACAGGCUCGGCAGAGCACAGCAUUCUAACAUACGCCGCCCUUAACGUAGCAGCCUCGAAUUUGGCUGUGCACAUCAGAGCUCAGUUGUCGGUGGACGGCCAGGUGCCCGAGUAUGGACGUAUUAUUCCCGUUUAUAUGACCACAUCCCCCGAGCUUUAUAUUUCAUAUCUUGCCAUCCUGAAGGCCGGCUGUGCAUUUUCGCCUAUUCCUCAGGAUGCACCGGAGCAACGGGUUCGGGAAAUUCUUGAGGAAAUCAACUCCCCCAUUAUACUCGGCAAUGUUUCUGAGCCCGCCGCUGGUCCAUGGCGGCCGAUCGAUAGCCAAGAUGCAGCCACCGGUCAUGUCUGGAUUGAUGUGGUGGAAGUCUCCAGGUGGAAGGAGAUGCGUGGCGAUGCUGUCUUGGUGGAAACGAUCGAACCUCCCGAACCACUAGAUAUACAUGAAGACCAAGUUGCCUAUCUGCUAUUCACGAGUGGCUCCACUGGAAAGCCCAAGGGUGUCCAGAUCCAUCAUCUUGCUGCCACCUGUUCCAUCGAGUCUCAUGCGACUGCAAUUCCCCUUCCCGGUGAUUCGAUUGGCGAUUUCCGCUGGUUCCAAUUUGCAUCCCCUACAUUUGAUCCGUCACUCAUGGAGAUAUUCGUCACCUUGAGUAGCGGUGCUACUCUUUGUUCCGCGCAUCGACACUUGACUCUGACGGACCUUGAAGCCACAGUCAACGAAGCAAAGGCGACGGUGAUGAUGGCGACUCCGAGUUUGGCCGCUCUACUGCGGCCGUCCCACCUGACUACUCUCCAGUCAUUAUGGACGAUGGGUGAGAAACUUAAUCGAACAGUCAUCGAAAACUUCUCUCCAAAAUCAGGGGUCAAUGCCUCUGGUUCGGCUCCAGAACCAGCCAGGAUGUUGGUGAACGCCUAUGGCCCGACCGAAGGUGCCAUCAACUGUACUUUCCUGGCGCCUUUUGAAUAUUCCACGCGUGGUUCCAUCAUCGGCGAAGCUUUGCCCACGUGUGCAAUGUUGGUCCUUGACCCUAACAGCCACCUGCCUAAAGCAGUUCCUGCCGGUCUCGCUGGUGAAUUGGCGAUCGCCGGCCCCCAGGUUGGCAAAGGCUAUCUUAACCGCCCCAAAGAGACGGCCAAGUCCUUCGUUCACAGCCCAGAGUUUGGACCUGUCUACCGCACGGGCGACAUGGCGCGCAUUGUUUGGGAUGAGUCCGGCUCUCAGAUCAUUGAAUUCCUUGGUCGCAUAACGUCCGAUCAGGUGAAGAUAAGUGGGCGCCGCGUCGAGCUUGGUGAAAUUGAGUCCGUCCUUGCGACCGUUGGCUCUGUCACAGAGGCCGUUGCGAUUGUUUCUAAGCGCGACAAUGACGUCCAGGGGAGCGAACAAAUUAUCGCGUGUCUCGUGGCGAAUGGGUUAACCGAGACACAAAAACAGGAGCUAAUCCACCAAGCGCACCAAACCACCCAUCAGCACCUUUCAUCUUACAUGUGCCCUUCCGUGUACGCCUUUGUCGACACUUUGCCCCGAUCUAGCUCUGGAAAGGUAGAUCGCAAAGCUAUCGCGGACCAAUCACAGACGCCUGAGGCAUAUGGCGUGAAAUUUUACCGCACACCAAAACCCGAGCUCUCCGAUGUUGCUCAGUCCGAAUGGGAGAUGCCAGAAGAUGAGGAAACGAAAUCGACGCAGCAGCUUGUGAUUCGCCUGAUCGCCGACACGGUCGAGGAGGACGCAUCUGCGAUCAGACCCAACUCGGACCUCUAUUCGCUCGGUCUUGAUAGUCUUGGCGCCAUGCGAUUCCUACAGAACCUGAGAGACAAUGCCAUUGAAAGUUUGUCUGUAGGUGACGUUUUGCAAGCCGGUACUCCCAAGGGCCUGGUUGCCACUAUCCAUAAGCAAAACCAAAUGAAUGGGAGCGUGGCUUCCGGCGAGGCGGCCCGUCUGCAGACCUUGCAGGAGAGCCUUGCCCAAUUUAGCGACAGGAACCGUUUGACAUGCGCAGAGCGGCUUGGUGUAACGCCGGAGAAGAUCUCCGAUGUCUUGCCGACGACAGCCACGCAGUCGGGUAUGUUGACAAGUUUCUUGCGCAGCUCCGCCAAUAGCGCAUUCACCACCCGGUCGUACAUAUACCAUUCCGUCUUUCCCCUUGAAUCUGGUGUAGAUGUCGGGCGCCUUCAGCAGGCCUGGGAUACUGUCGUCGCAAGCUAUGACUCUUUCCAAACAGUUUUCUCCUUGAUUGAUGAUGACUUGGCACCGUUUGCGCAGUGCGUCUUAGUCCCCGGUGCCGUCUCUAAGUCAAAUUGGGAUGUAUACACCGCAGAUCACUCUGAAGAAGAAUCUCUACGCGAGGCCUGUCGAAACGCCGAGGAGACUAUCGAUUUAACAGUUCCCCCAUGGAAGCUGUCUCUCGUCACAUCUCCCAAAAGGUCUACAAUCGUAUUGAGCAUGUUCCACGGUAUCUUUGACGGAGGCUCACUACAACUCCUCCUUGAAGAUGUCUCAUCAGUCUAUGAUGGGCGCCCGUUGGGAAAACGAACCUCGCUGGAAUACACAGUCAAGCAGCAUUUCGGGGCCGAUCAAGAUGCCACAGCGGAAUUUUGGAAGAGCCAAUUGGAAGGCCAUAUACCUGUCGCUUUUCCUACCGUCACACCGAACCGCUCCCCUUCCCUCAAGACGAGCCAUCGCGUGGAAACAACAGCCCGCAUCAGCUAUGAUAGCUUGAAGAAACAGUCAAAGAGCAUCGGCUCGACCCCGCUUGCCGUACUCCAAGCAGCUUGGGCAUCGGUCUUGCUAGCCUACAGUGGAACCCCUGACCAAGAUGUGGUUUUGGGUAGUGUUGUUUCCGGCCGACUUGACACUGAGUCGGAAGUCUGUAUUGGUCCGACCUUCAACAUCAUCCCCGUUAGACUCGCUCUCAAUCAGGUUGCGAAGGACGCCCAAGGAUCGUGGACCAAUAGGUCCGUAGCUCGCCACUUGACGUCACUUAAUGCCAAAACCAUCUCUCACUUGCAACCCCCUCUCGGGGCAGUUGCAACUGCAGAUGGCCGACUCCCCUAUGACACGCUCCUGAUCUAUCAAGACUUUAACGCCGGAUCUAGGGCUAGCGGACUUUGGACUUCUAUCGAUAAUCCACCGAUGGCGAAUGAAUUCGCAGUCAUGAUUGAAGUAUGGCCCGAAGUUGAUUCAUCCCUGACUCUCCGGGCCACUUUCAACGAUACCCAUAUUGAUCAUCACGCUGCGGAAAUCAUGCUCAAGCAGAUGUCCGAUAUCGUUGAUUACUUCCUUGAAAGCCCGGAAGCGAACUUCCAUGAUGCUUCUUCGCAGACGCAAAUCGAUCUUAAGUCCUCUUUCAACCCAAAUGCGGCCGUGGCUUCCGAAGCAUUGGAGGGUGCAUUGUUACACACUUGGUUUGAAGACCAUGCUGAUACCCAUCCUGACGACGUUGCGUUGCUCUUCAAGGGCAAUUUGGACGAUGAAAAUGACCCCAGUAACAUCUCGUGGACCUAUGGACAGCUCAAUGCCAUGGCCGAUGACCUCGCAGACCAUCUCCUCCAGAUCUCUGGUCCUCUAAUUAACAGCCCUAUCCCAAUCUGCAUCGACAAGAGUCCAGUCAUGUACGUUGCCAUCCUUGGUAUCCUCAAAGCUGGUGGUGCCUGGUGUCCAAUCGACACGUUCUCCCCGUCGCAACGCCGUCAUGAUCUCAUUGCCCGCACGGAAGCGAAUUUCCUACUCGUAUCAAGCCAAGAUCCCCCCCAGCCAGAGGACGCCAUCCCGACUGGCGUGGAGAUGGUGGAUGUCAGUCGAUUCUGUGAUGAGAACGCCGCAAAGAACUCUCAGAAGCGAAACAGUACCAAACACCGGAGCAACCCAGAUUCUAUGGCAUACUUGAUCUGGACCAGUGGUACCACCGGUGCCCCGAAGGGCGUGCCAAUUACGCACGCUGCUGGUGUUUCGUGCAUGAAAUCUCUCCAUAAGGACAUUCCAACGGACGUACAAGAAGGUGCUGUGAGGUGUAUGCAGUUCUCGCAAUACACAUUUGAUGUAUCGAUCCAGGAUUUCUUCUAUACUUGGGGAAUCGGCGGUGUCCUGAUCUCUGCUUCGAGGGAAAUCAUGCUCGGUUCAUAUGCCAAACUGGCCAAUGUGACAAAGGCAACCCACGCACAUCUUACUCCAGCGUUUGCCGCCAACGUUCCGAGAAAGGCCUGUGAGACAUUGAAGGUGAUUACCAUGAUUGGUGAAAAGCUGACCCAGCCUGUGGCCGAUGACUGGGGUACUGAUAUGCGGGCUUUCAAUACCUAUGGCCCAGCCGAGGUUACCAUCGUUUCAACCAUCAGGGAGUUCGGCAACGAGCACAAGGCUAUCAAGAGCGCCAAUAUCGGAUGGCCUAUGGACACCGUGUCCGUUUUUGUGACCAAGAACCAGCGUAUGGUGAUGAAGAACGCCGUGGGCGAAUUGGCGCUGGGUGGUCCGCAAAUCUCCCCGGGCUACCUCAAGCAGGAAGAUGUCACCAAGGCGAAGUACGUUUGGAACGAUGAGGCAUCGCAGGUUCUGUAUUACACGGGGGAUCUAGUCAGAAUGCUCAGCGAUGGCUCUUUGGAAUAUAUCAAUCGCGUUGAUGAUCAGAUCAAGAUCGGAGGUAUCCGCGUCGAGCUCAGUGAAAUCACAUUCGCCCUCAACGAUUGCCACACUCUGGUCGAGAACAUCGAGACUAUGGUUCUCAAUCGUCCUGACAGACCUGUCCAAGUCGUUGUCGCGUUCUUGUCUGCUCCUGGUGCUGUUACAGUUGAAGACGAUGAAGGAGAGCUGUCGCUGGUCAACGAUACCGCCCUGGGAAUUGCCAGGGCCACCAGGGACAAGGCAAUGGAUUCGCUGCCUAGCCACAUGAUACCCUCCGCGUAUAUCGUUGUCAAGAACAUUCCAAGAACGCAAUCCGCCAAGACCGACCGUCGAGCCCUCCAGCAGGCAUACACUACCAUCGAUAUCGAAACGUGGGAUAGCCGGCUCAAUCCGGAAAACCUUGCUGCUGAAGAGUCAUUUGAUGCUGAUUCCGCCGACGCUGCUACUGCUUCCAAGAUUGUAGACAUCGUCGCGACUCUCACUAACAUCGCGCCGUCGGUUAUCGCGCCCUCCACCAGGCUCCGCAGUCUUGGUCUCGACUCUCUCCGUGCGAUUCGACUUACCGGGAAGCUGAAGGACAAUGGGUUCCCGCUAUCUGUUGUUGAAGUCCUCAACUGCGUUACCGUCCAGGACUUGGUGAAGCUUGCUAAUUGCUCUUCCGGCACUGAAGACGCCACAAUCACUAAGUUCGACCUAAAUCAAUUCCACAGCUCCUGGCAUGGAGUGGCGUCAGAGAAGGUGCACGAUAAAUUCAGCACCGUCCGAGCAACAACUCUUCAAGAAAGUUUAAUUAGUGAGACAAUGGGGACAUACGACAUGUACUGGAGCAACCACUUCUUUUCUCUGGAUCAGUCGGUGGAUCUCUCUCGACUAAGGCAGGCCUGGAUCGCUGCUUGUCAAACGACGGAGGCGUUGAGAACUGGUUUCAUUCCCGUGGCUGAGCUCGACAGUCGCAAGGCCCAGGAUGGCUUGGACUUUGCCAUCCUCCAGCUGAUCUACAAACUGCCGAACCUGGACUGGGAAGAGCACACAUGUACCGGGCAAGAUUGGACAGCUGUCCGUGAUCAGAGAAUCAAGGAUAUCAUGACAAAGCACCAGAACAAUUACUUCCGCAACCCACCGUGGGGAGUCACCGUGUUCGACAAUGGAGACGAGAGAAUCAUGGUCCUGACUCUCCACCAUGCUAUUCACGACGAGCCUUCGCUCCGGUUCAUCAUGGAGAACGUACAAUCGGCUUAUACCUCCGAGCCGCCUUCGAGACGUCAACUCAGCGAUGCCCUCUCUAUCCUUCUCCCGACAGAGACUCGGAGCCGAGAUACCCGGGCGUUCUGGAAAACUGAGCUGGAGAAGUUCUCGGAUCUCGAUGUUCCUGUGUGGCCCGACCUUACCGGGAAAAGGGUGCAGCCCGAUUCUGUGCAGGAAUACAAUCUUAUGGUAGAGGAAAUCCCGCUCUCGGUAUCCUCUUCGAGACUCCAAUCUGUUGCAGCGUCGCUGGGAGUAUCUUCGGUGGCCUCAAUAAUUCGGGCAGCGUGGGCCUACGUUUCUUUGAGCUACUUGGGUUUGCCCGCGACGGUGUUCGCUGAAACCCUUUCUGACCGUGUCUUGCACCCGGACCUUGAAGAUGGCGUCGGUCCGUUGAUUUCGGUGGUUCCGGUUCCGUUCCAUCCAGAGGGAAGUGCACGGGAGGUUCUCGCGGAGCAGCAGCGACUGUCGAGUCAGACAUGGAAACAUCGACAUAUCCACGCCCGAGAAGUCAGAAAGAUGCUCCAGCGUCCGCGUGGGGAACCCCUGUACCCGGCCGUCUUCAAUUUCCAAGUCAUGAACGAGGAGACCCAGCAGUCAAGCCAAUCUACUAUGUGGCGUGAAUUGGAGGAUUUGAUUGGCCUGCAUGUCGAACAUCCCAUGGCUUUGAAUGUCUUCCAGCACACCAACGAUGCCAUUGUGGUUGAAGCUUGGUCAGAUAGCCGCAUCAUGAGUCGUGACCAGCUGGCUAUUUUCGUACGCCAGGUUGACAGCCUUGUCAGCUCGAUGUUGCAGCAUCCUGAGAAGCCUCUCAACGAGCUCGUCAAUUAUGUUCCCCAGUCACUGCGUUCUCUCUCUAGCCGUCCCGUCAGCGAUGAAGUCAAAAAUUCUGUUUACUCGUCUCCGACUCACUGGCUGGAGCAUUACGCCAAGGAACAGCCGGAUUGGGUCGCUCUGGAGGUCGCGAGCAAGAUCGCCCCCGAGGACGAAAAUUUGCCCGCGGAUCGGAAGGCGUUCUUGGUCGAAGAUGGAGACUGUCCUAUGCUGUUUACUGAAAAUCCAUUUAUGGAUUCGUUUAAUGGCAUCCCUGAUGGCUGUCGUACCAUUCUCAUUGAUGGUCCGGAGUUUCAUCAGCUGUUGGAACCAAUGUCGCCCGAAACCCAAGACUACCAGUCUCAUCCUGACGACAACUCAUAUCUCCUAUUCACGUCCGGAUCGACUGGUAAACCCAAGGGUGUUAUGGUUACCCGAGGAAAUCUCUCGUCUUUCAUCGAGUCCUUCUCUGAGUUCUGCUGCCGAGUUGCCCCAGCCACGUUGAAACUGGGCGGUACCGGCAAAUAUCUCGCCCAAGCCAACAGAGCAUUCGAUCCCCAUCUUCUGGAGAUGCUGUUCCCAUGGCGUCAUGGAAUGGCGACCGCUACUGCGCCCCGGCCAAUGAUUCUUGAUGAUUUGCAAACAACGCUUUCCAAAUGGGAAAUCACGCAUGCAAGCUUUGUGCCGUCGCUCGUGGACCAAGCUAGCCUCUCCCCUGAAAACUGUCCGAAAUUGAAGUUCAUGACUGUUGGUGGUGAAAAGAUCUCCAAGCGGGUCUUGGAUACAUGGGCUGUCAAUCCGUACACUUCGCUUGUGAAUGCUUACGGCCCAACUGAAGUGACUAUCGGUUGCACAUUUGCGCACGUCGGAAAGGACACCAAUCUGCGAAACAUUGGACCGCCGUUGCCCGCUUGCGUCUGUCAUGUUCUCAUCCCUGGUACCCUUGACUACGCUCUCAGGGGACAGACCGGAGAACUGUGUUUCUCUGGUGAUAUCGUUGCCAAGGGAUAUCUCAACAGACCAGAUGCAGGUGGCUUCACUCCAGGGCCCAAUGGUGAGAAAAUGUAUCGGACAGGUGAUAUUGGACGUUUGAUGGUGGACGACUCUGUUGAAUAUCUUGGUCGCGGCGAUGAUCAGACCAAGAUCCGUGGUCAGAGAUUGGAACUCGGGGAGGUCUCUGAGGUCCUUCGUUCCGCGUCGUCUAUCGGUGUGGACGUCGUAACGACAGUCGCGAAGCAUCCUGGUCUUGCGCGAGUGCAGCUUAUCUCAUUCAUCGCGCGAAGUGGCACUCGUCAACGCGAAAAGAACGAAAAGGUGGCCAUUGUUCAGUCAGAUUUUGCAACUCUGGGCAAGGAUCUUCAGACCAUUUGCCAGAAGAAGCUUCCGGGAUACAUGGUUCCAGAGAUCGUUCUGCCCAUCACGUAUAUCCCAUUGGCCCCUCUGUCAGGGAAGGCCAAUGUCAAGGAUCUCCAUGCCCUAUUCGCGGAGCUUCCUCUCCAGACUGUCCUUCUUGGAAACAGCUCGUCCAAUACUGGCGACGAUACUCUUAGUCGUCCUCUGACUUCCGAUGAAAGCGCCGUGGUCCAGGAGAUUUGCAAGGUGGUUUCGACCGACGCGUCUGCUUACAGUCCAAUGACGAAUAUCUUCGAGAUGGGCGUGGACAGUCUCAGCGCCAUCGGCCUUUCUAUUAAGCUGAGGAGGAUUGGCUACGCCGCUACCGUUGCUCUCGUCAUGAGCAACCCCAUUGUCGAGCAACUGGCACGUCUUCCCCGGAGCUCGUCUUCCACUACCGACGCGGCUUCAUCGAAACUGCGGGAGAUCGUUCAGGAAAUGGACUCUCAAUAUCGGGAAAAUGCGCCGGCUGGCGUCGAUCUAUCCGCUGUUUCCUCCGUCCGCCCUUGUCUGCCGCUUCAGGAGGGCUUGGUUGCUCGGUCCAUGAACAACGAUGGCGACAAUCUAUACGUCAACCAUGUCGUUUUGAAGCUUGAAGAACACGUUGAUGCAAAACAAUUGAAGUCUGCAUGGCAAACUGUUGCUACGGACAAUGAAAUCAUGAGAACCGCAUUUGCUCCUCUCGACAAGCAAAUGGCCCAGGUCGUCUUCUCUGCAGACUUGCACCAGAUCCGCUGGACGGAGGAGACUUACCACAGCCUAGAAGAGGCACUCGAGAAGAAAAGUGACCAGCAAGCGAGUAUCUCGCGGGAUAUCAUUUCGUCCAUUUCCCAGACGCCCCCAGUCCGGUUUCAAUUGGCAAAGUCUGCGGGAACAGAACAGCCUCUGGCUCUCUUCAUCUCCAUCCACCACGCCCUUUACGAUGGUGAAUCGUUUUCGAUGUUGUUGGAAGACGUAGCGGCGCGUUACGCAGCAGAAUCGGUUCCCGAGAGAGGCUCGCCGUCGGCUUUUAUCGAACACAUCUAUUCCCAAGAUCAAUCCAAGGCACAGCAACACUGGGCGCAACACCUUGCUGAUUGCCACCCAACAACUUUCCGGGACGAUUUCAACGUCAUGGAACAUCCCAAGCCUGCUAACAAGCUUCUUAGCACCAAGCUCUCUGAACUGGAACGUCGUUCGGCAAGCCUCCACACAACAGUGCCGAAUUUGGUGCAAGCAGUCUUCGCUCUGUUACUUGCCGACACGGUUGGUGUUUCUGAUCUGACAUACGGAUUAGUCCUCUCUGGCCGAGCUGUUUCGGUUCCUGGAGCUGAGUCUGUACUUCUGCCGUGUAUCACCACUAUCCCCGGACGACUGAACACCAGCGAUCUCGACACUGUCAAUGAGGUCGUUGGGGCUGUUCAAAAAUCGACUGUCAAAUCCCUCGAUUUCCAGCACACUUCGCUGAGACAUAUCCAACGCUGGUUGAAAUCUGAAACGCCUCUAUUUGACUGUCUGUUCUCUUACAUUCGCUCCACCGCGCCUCCCAAGCACAAUUUGUGGAGUGAAUUGGACAGCCACAUGCCAGCUGAGUAUCCGCUAGCCGUUGAGGUUGAAGCCAACCACGACAAGGACAUUGUCUCCCUCAACUGUCUCUUCUCUUCUGCUUUCGGCGCCGUGCAUGAUGGAGAGGAAUUCAUCGAAAAGAUGGAUACCGUUAUAUCGAGUGUCGUGGCUGGGGAAAGUCUCUCGUUGGAUAGCUUCAAUCUCUCUCAAUCGCAUACGUCUGGCUCUCGCCCUUCCGCCAUCAAGUGGGAUGAGACCACCUGGUCAGCCACAGAGGAAAAGAUUCGUGAGCUAACCGCGGAGUUCUGCGGCUUGGGUGCGAAGGAUGUGUCCAAGGGUGCUUCGUUCUUGAGCCUGGGUGUCGAUUCCGUGACCGCCAUUCAAUUUGCGCGUAAACUGCGCGAAGCAGCACUUGAGGCAUCGUCAUCUGAUGUCAUGCGCUUUUCUUGUGUCGGUGCACUUGCCAAGCAUAUUAAUGAGGCCUCGGCUCAGAAGCCUCAAAGCAAUGGCGUCGUGGAGUCCAGUGUGGCCCAGGUCCCGGUUGAUGCUUAUCAGAAGCACGUCCGUCUUCUCAGCAGUGACGAUUCUGUCGUCGCAAUGUUUGAAAGUACACCCCUUCAAUCAGGAAUGAUAACACAGACCAUCGCCUCUACAGGUCAAGUCUAUGUCUAUCCUCAUCCGAUCAGACUCGCUACAUCCACCGACGCCAGCAAGCUCAAGACUGCCCUUUUCCAAGUGAUCGAGGCAAAUGACAUUUUGCGUACCUCUUUUCACUUGAUCGAGGAACUUGGUACAUCCUGGAUCGGCGCUGUUCACUCAAACCCACCUUUCGAGUGGAAGGAGAUCGAACUUCCCUCUGGUGCUGAUAUUCUGCAUGAGGUCUCCUCUCUUUACUCGUUUAGCGAGGAGUCGUCCUUCCAGGUUCCCCCCAUUCGCUCAACUUUGGUUAGCCAGCCGGAAGGAAGACUUCUUGUUGUUACUUUGCACCACGCCCUGUACGACGGUGCUUCUAUUCCGUUCUUCUUCGAAGACCUUGCCAGGUUUUAUGACGGAGAAAUUCCAGUGGAGAGACCUCCCUUCUCCCAGACCGUACAGCACGUGCUCAGCGGGCAGGAAGAAUCCUGUGAAUUUUGGGUCAACAAGCUCCGCGGAUACGAAGUCGUGGAGAUGCCGGAACUUCCAGCUACUGAGGCGUCGGACAGGAUGCUACUUUCGGAGUACCGCGUUGACCUCGACCUGGAUUCAAUCGUUGAGUCCUGCAAAAAAAUGGAAGUUACAGUCCAAAGCGUGUCCCUUUUGGCAUAUUCCAAGGUGCUUGGUCGUCUGAUUGGCAAGCGCGACGUUGUGUUUGGACAGGUUUUGGCUGGUCGCUCGUUGCCGACCCCCGAGGCUGAACGUACUCUUGGUCCCUUGUUCAACACUGUUGCUCACAGGGUGACUUUCGAGCCCAAAUUCUUGAGCAACAAGGCAAUGGCCCGCAGCCUGCAGGAAAUGACGAAUGAUGCCCAAAUCUACCAACAUGCCCCUCUGCGGACUGUUCAGAACUCCCUGCGACAGAGCGGCGAUCUCAAAUCGGCGUCGCUGUUCGAUACUCUGUUCGUUUUCCAGAAGAGUGCCGAUUUCGCUGGCAGCAUCCUUGAAGAGCAGAAGAUCUGGACGCCAUAUGAGUCGGACGAUUACGCUGCCCAGGCUGAGUACAAGCUCAACCUUGAAGUCGACCAUGCUCGUGACGGUAUCGUUGUCCGAUCCACGUGCAACGGCUUGUACCUGUCGCAGGAGGCACUCGAUGGGUUAAUGAGCGAAUUUGGUGCUGUUUUCAAGGACAUCGUUGACACCCCCGCGAGGUGUGCUACAACAUUCCCUGAACAACUCAAGGAGCUGCCCCUCAGGGUGUCACAAGAACAACCCAGCGAGCAGGAGCUUGAUACAUCUGAUGCACCAGCUCAGGAGUCCGUUGUUCACGCUGUCCUUGCGGAUGUGUCUGGUCUUCCUCUUGACAAGAUCAAACCGAGUACUAGCAUCUUCAGCAUUGGGUUGGACUCUUUGUCGGCGAUUCGCAUUGCCUCUAUUUGCCGAUCCAAGGGUCUGAAAGCGAGCGUGGCGGACAUUCUCCAAGGGAACACUUUGCGCGGCAUUAGCCAGCGUAUCAAACCCAUGCCCGCGCAAACUGCCACGCCCCAGGGGCCGCUUAUCGACAAUUAUACCGAAGUGGAAGAAGCGGUUCUUAAGAAAUUAAACAUCAAGAAAGAAGCGGUGGAUACGAUUUUGCCCUGUCUGGGUGGUCAAUUUUUCCAUCUGGUCGGUUGGUUGAAGUCUGGAAGGAGGCUCCUCGAGCCUGCCUGGCCCUACUUCAGUACUGAGCGUCUUGAUAACGCGAAGCUAGAGGAUGCCUGGUUCAAACUUCGACAAAGGCACCCAGUGCUGCGGACAUGCUUCGCGGCUACUUCUCCGAAUGAUGCAGUUCAAAUAGUUAUGAAACACACAGCUCGCGGCACGUCGACCUUCAAGGUGAUCCAGACCUCUUCUUCCAUUGCAGAAGCCGCCAAGGCACAGGCGAAAGAAGAAGCUGCACGUCCGUCUUCCCUUUAUGUCCCUCCUGUUCGUCUGUGCCUGUUGAAAGCAAGCGACCGGGAUGGAAUCCUCAUUAUCGUCAAUCACGCGGCCUACGAUGCCUGGACCAUGCCCAUGUUCGUUUCAGAGCUUGUCAAUAUUUACCGCAAUGAGCCUUUGGAAGCCACUCCGGAUUUCCGCUCCUUCGUGGAUUUCUCUGUGCGCUCCCUGCGCGAUCUCGACGAGAAGACAUACUGGUCUUCUGUUGUCGACUCGGGCGUGCCUACUGUGAUCAAGAAGUCUCAGCCUACCAACGACGACGACCAGUCAUCUCUACUCUGUAGCGCCUGGGAUACACUCAAAAGAUUCUGGUAUCCUGCUUCCACCGAAGAUACCAACAAGUCGGAUCAGCUCUUCGUUGGAGCUUGGGAGAAGGUCAAGAACCUGUCUCAAAUGGAAAGCGCGUGUCGGGCUGCAGGCCUGAGCCUCCAGACCGUGGUCCUCCUCGCUGUUGCACGCGCUCUUGGCCGGAUGACUGGAGUCGAGAGUCCUAUCAUGGGUCUAUACCAGACCGGUCGAUCGGCUUCAUUCGCAGACAUCGAGAAACUCUCCGGGCCGUGUCUGAACGUGAACCCACUGGUGAUCCCUAACGCCAUCUCUGACCACGACGGAUCAGACCCCAGUCUGCUAGAGAAGGCACAGUCCGUGCAAUCAUCCCUCGCCGAGCGCGUCUCCUUCGAACAAAGCUCCAUCAUGGACGUCCUCCGCUGGAACUCCACCAAGAACAACGGAGGCCCGCUCUUCAACGCCUGGGUCAACCUCCUCUGGAUGCAGAACGGUGUCCCGUCCUCCGCCGACACCAACCCUGGCGCAGACACAGAGAAGGCCGACCAAGGAGACCUCUUCCUCCCCCUCCGCAUCGGCGUGCCCACGGACUUUAUCCCCGCACAGCCGCUACCAGGCCUGGAGUCGACUUCCGUGUCUGCGCUAGACACCUCCCUUCUGCCUGAUGAGAACGUAUUCAUCGACAUCGGCCCUGACCCCAAGACUGACACCAUUGGUUUUGGUAUUCGUGUCGAAGGCGGCGUCAUGGAUGAGAGCGAGGUCAACCAGAUGGUGUCUGAUAUUGGAGCUGAGAUUGAGCGGAUUGUGGGCUCUUUGCACUAA